UAAAAGUUCCGUCUUUUCACCACAUCUACUCUCUGAUGUCUCUGAAGGGGGAAGGGAUUUGAGAUGAAGAACGUGAAGGAGGAGGAGAGUUGUUUCACGCGCCUUGCCUCAUUCGUCUGCGAUUCUAAGCCUUUCACGGAGGAAGAUGUUAUGGGCAUAAUUGGGAGAUGAGGAAAUAGAGCCCAGCCCAAGUGAAGUGGAGGUGACAAUUCAAAGUUGAAGAGAAAUCCUUUUAGAAAUCGUCAGGCUAUUCAAGAAUGAGAUUACCUGCAAUUAAGUUUAGUGGUCGAAUUAUGUAUAGCAGGACUUUUGAUUCUGUACAGAAAGCUGCAGCAGAACUCUUACAGGCCCUGGACGAAAAAAAUAGAGAGAUUGUGCAAUUUCCAUUUGGAUUUGACAUUGAGUGGAAACCUUCCUUCCAUAAAGACGAUCCACCCUCAAAGGUAGCAGUCAUGCAGAUAUGUACUGACAGUAGUCAUUGUCAUGUUCUACAUCUAAUUCAUUCUGGAAUCCCUCCAAAUUUACAGCUCUUGCAGAUAUGUCAUUGUUAUAAACUGGAUUUCUUGUUUUUUUUCUUUUGUCUACGUCAACUAAUCAAUUAUGUAAGUUUUAAUACAAAGUUUGGUGUGCGCAAGGUUGGAGUUGGGAUUGAUAGUGAUGCCACGAAGGUUUUUAGAGAUUAUAAAAUAUCUGUCAAAGGUGUGACAGAUCUUUCUUUCCAUGCCAAACAGAAGCUUGGUGGUGAUCGCAAUUGGGGUCUUUCAUCUUUGACCGAAAAACUUUUAUCGAAACAGCUGAAAAAGCCCAAGAAAAUAACACUGGGAAAUUGGGAGACUCCUGUUUUGUCAAAGGAGCAACUAGAGUACGCUGCAACCGAUGCUUUUGCUUCUUGGUAUCUUUAUCAGGCAAUUAAAGAUCUGCCGGACGCCCAAGUCACGGACAAAAGUCGCAAAGUUGAUGGUUGUGUUACUAAAUUUCGGCCAUGGUGGCGCCGCCGUGGCAGAAAUCGAUUUUAGCUAUAUAGACUAUAUCUACUGAUAAGUGGCCGAUGGCAUUCAAAAGAUUUUAGAAUCAACUCAAGAUUCUAAUAAUUGAUAGCACUGGCUGUUAUUUCCUGUUAUCCGAUAUUGUUAACACUGGAUGAUGGUCUACUGCAGGACUGACUACAUCUUCGUUGUGUGUAUUAAAUUUAGCUUAUAUUAAAUAUUAACUAACAAGUGAUAAUUACUUAUCUGCACGAAA